AUGACGUCCCCGGACACGGACGCGCAGCAGCCCCAGAGCGGCUUUCGGCAGUACCUGCCGGACCUGGACACGCCGCGCUUUCGUACCAUCGCCGCGAACGACGUCCAGGGCCACGCGCGCGAGCUGCUGGAGCACCACCGGCCUCCGUGGCUGUACGGCCUGUAUGUGCACUGGAGGAAGCUGUUCCAGGAGCCGUUCAAGGGCGUGACGAACGACGGUGUCGUACGGCCAGGCCUCUUCGGCCUGCGCGACGAAGGCGUGCCCAUCGGCGCCAUCACCCGCGCGGCGCGCGCCGUCGUGUCCCAGCUGAGCCCGGCGCAGGCCGCGCGCACGCUGCUGCACGUGGACUCGCCCGAGUGGCGCUCGUGGUCGAACCCCGAGUUCCUGCUGAGCGACAAGGGCAUCCGGCUCGACGCGGUGCCGGGCGCGCUGCGCGACGCGGUGCUCGCGCUGCUCGCAGCGACGCUGUCGCCCGAGGGCUACGAGAAGGCGCUCGCGGCGAUGCGCAUCAACGGCUUCCUCGGCGAGCUCGUCAACGCGCCGGCCGUCAUGAACGAGCACAGCUACAACUUCGUCCUGUUCGGCGAGCCCAGCGAGGAGGCGCCCUGGGGCUGGAGCUUCUACGGCCACCACCUGUGCCUCAGCGUCUUCCUCUACCGCGCCCAGAUCGUCGUCAGCCCCUGGUUCACCGGCGCCGAGCCGAACCUGAUCGACGCCGGGCCGCACCGCGGCACCCGCAUCCUGCACGAGGAGGAGCGCUGGGGCCUGCAGCUGAUGCAGAGCCUGACCGACGAGCAGAGGGCCCGCGCGCUCGUGUACCGCGAGAUGAAGGACCCGGCGAUGCCCCGCGGCCGGUGGAACCACGACGACCAGCGGCACCUCUGCGGCGCGUACCGCGACAACCGGGUGGUGCCGUACGAGGGCGUCGUCGUGGGGUCGCUCGCGGCCGCGCAGCAGGACCUGGUGCGCCGGAUCCUGCGGCAGUACCUGCUGUACCUGCCGGAACGGGCGCGGGCGCUGCGGCUGGCCGACUGCGAGGCGCACUUCGGCGAGACGUACUUCUGCUGGAUCGGCGGCUGCGGCGACGCCGACCCCUUCUACUACCGCCUGCAGAGCCCCGUGGUCGUGGCCGAGUUCGACCACCACUCCGGCGUCUUCCUCGCUAACGAGCAGCCCGCCAAGUUUCAUAUCCACACCCUGCUGCGCACCCCCAACGCCGGCGACUACGGCGCCGCCCUGCGCCCGCACAUCGCCGCCGGGUCGGUCCCGCAGGACUACGUCUGGGAGGGCUGA